UGAAUGUGGAGUUUACGAAACGUUCAAUCAUGUCCCACGUAGCUCGUAUUUAUGAUCCGUUGGGUUGGCUUUCACCUUUUAUUCUUUUAGCCAAACUACUUCUUCAAAACUUAUGGCGUAUUGGAUUGUCUUGGGAUGAAAUCAUUCCCACCAAUCUGUGUGACGAUUGGGUUUCAUUUGUGUCUGACUUGUCUAAUAUAAAAUCGAUAAAAAUCCCUCGUAAAACCGUGAUUGACUUAGCAGCUACACACCAGUUGAUUGGGUUAUGCGAUGGAUCAACCAAAGCAUAUGGGUGCUGUGUCUAUCUUCGAUCAAGUAUCGAUGAUCAAAAACAAGUUUCUCUUUUGAUUUCUAAAUCUAAAGUGGCUCCGAUUAAGCCUCUAACAGUUAAUCGUUUGGAGUUGUGCGGUGCGCUCUUGUUAUCACGUACUCUCAAACACAUGCAAACUUUACUUAUUUCGAAAAUAAAUAUAUCUCAUAUUGUUGCCUACACUGAUAGCUAAACUGUAUUAGCUUGGAUCAAUACCGAGCCCUACAAACUGAAACCUUUUGUUGCGCAUCGAGUAGUUAAAAUAACUAACGCAUUUGAACCUUCUACCUGGAGGCAUGUCUCGACUCAGGACAAUCCUGCUGACUUUCCUAGCCGAGGUCUCUCGUGUGCAGAAUUGGUCAAUUGUACGCGAUGGUGGUCAGGACCAGAUUGGAUGCUUAGUGGUCCAGAUCACUGGCCAGCUCAAAGUCGGUGUGAGCCCCAAGAUGAGUUGCCAGAGUUGAGAACACGCACUCUGAUUGCUCAAUCUCGGGAAUCUGAUAAAAAUUUAUGAAGGUGUUAUUAAAUCGGUAUUCAUCCUUAUCGCGACUAAAACGAGUAUUGGCAUGGGUCUUUCGCUUCAUUUCUAAUUCGCGCAAAGAAUAAAGCCAACGCGAGAAAGGUCACUUGACUACGAAUGAGGUAAAGUGCUCUCUGCUUAGCCUUAUUAAAUAUGUCCAAUGGGGCAGCUUCAAUCAAGAGAUGUCUCAAUUAAAAUCGCAGAAGCCUCUACCUAAAUACUUACAAAAGUUGUCUCCGUUUAUUGAUAACCUAGGACUCAUGCGAGUGGGUGGACGAAUUACUAAUUUCAAUUUACCUGAACACACAAAACAUCCAUAUUUGUUACCGAAACAAUCUAUUUUAUCUCAAUUAAUUAUUAGCUAUUAUCAUAAACGGUAUUUGCACUGUGGACCUCGCACGUUACAAACUCUAAUUGUUCGCAAGUUCUGGAUUUUAGGAAUUAGAAAUCUUAUUCGUUCUAUUUUAACAAAGUGUGUGACUUGCUUUCGGGUUAAACCUGUACCCUAUCAGCCAUCUAUGGGCAACCUGCCACCUUGUAGAUCUCAACAAGGUUACUGUUUUCAACAGGUAGGGAUCGACUUUGGCGGUCCUUUUCUUAUAAAAGAAAACAGAUGACGUAACGCACGGGUCAGUAAGGCUUACAUAUGCUUGUUCAUUUGCUUAUCUGUAAAAGCAGUUCAUUUAGAACUCGUAUCUGAACUGUCUACAGAAGCGUUUCUAGCCGCCCUAGACAGAUUCGUGUCUCGACGUGGAAUAUGUCAACAUAUUGUGACAGAUUGUGGCACUAACUUUGUAGGCGCUAAACGAUAUCUUGAGGAAAUGGUUAAAUUAUUGAUAGAUAAAAAACAGGAUAUUUCUGAUCAAUUAACGUCUUGUGGAAUCUCUUGGAAACUAAAUCCACCAUCAGCACCUCACUUUGGAGGCAUUUUUGAAAGUGGUAUAAAAUGUACUAAAUAUUAUCUCAAGAGGGUCAUAGGCUCACAAGUCCUGACGUUUGAAGAACUAACUACGGUUUUAACUAAAGUUGAAGCGAUGCUGAACUCAAGACCGAUUUGUCAGUUAUCGUCUGAUCUUGGCGAAGUUGAUGUUCUCACGGCUGGUCAUUUUAUUAUAGGACGUCCUUUAGUCGCUCUACCAGAACCGUCUGUUGAAGAUAUGAAUCCUAGAACACGCUGGCAGUUACUUCAAAGGCUCUCUCAAAGUUUUUGGCGUAUUUGGCAAAAUGAUUAUUUAUAUACGCUCCAACAAAAAGUUAAGUGGUUUAAGGAUGAUCACAAACAUCCUAAUAUUGGUCAACUCGUUUCAAUCAUUGAACCUAAUCUACCACCUAACGAAUGGCGCCUAGGUCGAGUAGUCCAAAUCCAUCCCGGAAAGGACAAUAUUAUCCGGGUUGUGACCUUAAAGACUAAAAGAGGCUUACUUACAAGACCAGUAGUUAAAGCCUGCCCUCUUCCUCUUGAUUGAAUCUUAUUUUUAUUGUUUUAUUAAGCUAGAUUGUAAGUUCUAAUUUUACAAUUAAAUUAACUAAGUUUGAUUUUGUUUUGUAGUUUAGUUAAGGUUAUCAAUGCACAACUUAGCUCAGAUAUCUAUUUGGUUUAUAUUAAUUUAUAUUCUAUGAGCAACUGGGGACCUGGAGAGCUGCCGGGUCGAUGGUUGUCUUGUGAAAUCCCUAGGUGAUUUCAGGUGGGAGGGAAUGUUGUGGCUUCGGAACAGUCCCGAUAUAAUAUCCUUUUCCUAAGUAUUUCCUAUCCUCCCGCCUCCCCCAUAUACGCACUACACAAAAUGGUGCGUCACCUAUCGUCAAGAAAAAAAAGAAGCAAGAUGGCCGCGCACGCAUAAAAACGUGUUCGUUACUGCUCGUUUAAAAAUACUCAAUAAAUAAGUUGUAAGACUAUCGUGCAAUUGCUCGUGUCCAUAUACAUUCGAAGUGCAGUGUGGUGUCUGUGUAUACACGAGAACUCCAGCCUAAAUAUUAAGACUUCACCAUAACCACG